AUGGUUUUUGGUUUUCAAAAAGCCAUUCUCGGUGAUGAGAUUAUUAUCGUUGACGAAAAGAUUGCAAACGUGUGGAACGGAUUUCUCUCCAAUCGCCUUUCGCCCGUACUCUCAGUACUCAGUAGCAGCUCCCGUAUUCGCGAUUCACGAGGGUUGAAAAUGGAUUUCGAACAAUAUGACAACAAUAACUCGACAUUCUCAAGUUCACCAAUUGCAUUGGGGACAAAAAAGCUCAUAACUCUUAAAACUAGCGAUGAUGAGGAAUUCAAACUCGACAAGUCUGUAGCUGUAAAGUCUGAAGUCAUCAAGAAUUUAGUACAAGACGUUGAUUGUACUUCUAAUGUCAUCCCCUUGCUUAAUGUUGAUGGCAAAACAAUGACAAAAGUGAUUAAAUAUUGGAAGAAACAUUCAGAUGAAGGUGUUACGGAAGUUCAGUUAAAGAAUUUUGAUCAGGAUUUCUUGAAGAUGAGCCACUCAAAAUUAUUUCAUGUUCACUUGGCUGCUAGAUAUCUUGAUGAUAAGCAGUUGGAGGAAGUAAUAAUCCAAGAAUCUUUUGAUAGGAUCACAGGGAAAACACUAGAGGAAAUACGUGAAGUAUUUGAUAUCGUGAAUGAUUAUACUCCAGAGGAAGAGGAGCAGGUUCAUAGAGAGAAUGCUUGGGCUUUUAAAUGA